ACGCGUGUGGCGGCAAGUGUGGGACCGAGGCUACGUGCAAUGCGGCUGGUGAAUGCGAGUGCUUGGACGGUUCCACCUUUAACAAUGCGGACAAUACAUGCAGCGGUGCUGUGGACGCGUGUGGCGGCAAGUGUGGGACCGAGGCUACGUGCAAUGCGGCUGGUGAAUGCGAGUGCUUGGACGGUUCCACCUUUAACAAUGCGGACAAUACAUGCAGUGGUGCUGUGGACGCGUGUGGCGGCAAGUGUGGGACCGAGGCUACAUGCAAUGCGGCUGGUGAAUGCGAGUGCUUGGACGGUUCCACCUUCAACAAUGCGGACAAUACAUGCAGUGGUGCUGUGGACGCGUGUGGCGGCAAGUGUGGGACCGAGGCUACGUGCAAUGUGGCUGGUGAAUGCGAGUUCUUGGACGGUUCCACCUUUAACAAUGCGGACAAUACAUGCAGUGGUGCUGUGGACGCGUGUGGCGGCAAGUGUGGGACCGAGGCUACGUGCAAUGCGGCUGGUGAAUGCGAGUGCUUGGACGGUUCCACCUUCAACAAUGCGGACAAUACAUGCAGUGGUGCUGUGGACCCGUGUGCGAGCAUGGAUUGCGGCCUCAAGGGUGGUAUCUGCCAAGUGUCGGGCAAUGGCAUUCUCGAGUGUCUGUGCUCGAAUGGUCUAAAAUUCUACGAAUCCGACAAGUCGUGCUUUGGCCCCUUCCUCCAGACGACAGUGCAGCUGCAGGCGAAUGGCGUCCAGGAGAACGUCAAGUUCACCACCAACGUGCCGGCAGCGCAAGCCAGCGGCACCACCGUGUGCUCCGACCUCACCUCCAGCUCCGGCCUGCGCGGCGACACCAAGAUCAGCAUCCAGUGGAGCUCCUACGGUCUUCAAGGGGCCGGCAUUGGCAUGUGCAAAAGCGUCUCGUUUUACAACAACCCUGGCUGCACGGACAGGCCAGGUCUCACCAUCCCGCGUCCUGCAAAGGAUGGUGAUUCCUUCCACAACACAGACAGGACUGUAAAAGCGAUGGAUUUGCCGGGAUCAGUUGGCUGUGAGAUCACCACGUGUCACAAGGACUGCGGAGCUGCUGGGUGCAUUGUGAAGGACGGCACGCCCCAGUGCCAGUGCCCCUGGGGCUUCGUGUUCAAUGGGGCUCAGAAGAUCUGCAGCGAUAAGACCUUCAAUCCUGCUAACAACCCCUGCAAGACGGGCACACUGAAAUGCGAAAUGAACUCAAUGUGCGUUGUGAAGAACGGGCAGGGGAUGUGCCAGUGCAACAACGGCUACACCAAGACGAACGGCCUCUGCACUGCCAUGUGCAAGCCGGCCUGCCCUGCUAAUGCCCAGUGCUCGGUGGUGGGAGAAAAGGCGCAGUGCCAGUGCAAGGCGGGUUACAAGAUGGACAAGAGCAAGAGGCAGUGCAAAGCCGCAUGUUCAUCUGCCUGCCCUGCUAAUGCCCAGUGCAAGAUGGUGCAAGGAACGCCGCAGUGCCAGUGCAAGCAGGGGUUCAAAAUGGACUGGAGCAAGAACAAGUGCACACCCGCAUGUUCAUCUGCCUGCCCUGAUAAUGCCCAGUGCAAGAUGGUGCAAGGAACGCCGCAGUGCCAGUGCAAGCAGGGGUUCAAAAUGGACUGGAUCAAGAACAAGUGCACACCCAAAUGUCCGGCCGGCUGCCCCGAUAAUGCCCAGUGCAAGAUGGUGCAAGGAAGGGCGCAGUGCCAGUGCAAGCAGGGGUUCAAGAUGGACUGGAGCAAGAACAAGUGCACACGAUUUAAUGUGGCAGGCAUAUGUACGCCCGGCUGCCCCGAUAAUGCCCAGUGCAAGAUGGUGCAAGGAACGCCGCAGUGCCAGUGCAAGCAGGGGUUCAAGAUGGACUGGAGCAAGAACAAGUGCACACCCUUAUGCCCAUCUGCCUGCCCUGAUAACGCCCAGUGCAAGAUGGUGGGAGGAAAGGCGCAGUGCCAGUGCAAGGCAGGGUACAAAAUGAACAAGAACAAGAAUAAGUGCACAU